GCCUUGGCUUUGCUACCCAGAUCUACCAUAAAGGCAUAAUCUACUGCGGGCGUAUCGCUACUGCUGAGCUAGCUGUCACUGUGUCAGUCACAUUCUGAUUUUUGUGGCUGUGUGGUACAAAGUAAGUUUGAACCUCGUCUUUCACUUUCCCGUUUCUCACCUCCAGCUAUCUCCUUGCUUUUUCGGAGGCUCUGUGCUUGUUUUGACUGAGCUUAGGUUUCUUGCGAUCAUUUCGUUCAAGUAGAUUUCUGCGAGCUGCUGUAUUUGUGACGUCCUGGGAUAGUGGUGAUCAUGGCUGAGACAGCGUUCAGCGGAGCGGGUCAGAAGGAUGGCCUGGAAAUCUGGCGGAUUGAGAAAAUGCAAGUGGUUGCCGUCCCCAAGGAUCAGUACGGAAAGUUCCACAAAGGAGACUCCUACAUCGUCCUGCACACCAAGCGAGGAUCAACCGGUUGGGAAUGGCACAUUCAUUUCUGGCUCGGGGAGGAGACCUCCAAGGAUGAGGCUGGGGUGGCAGCGUACAAGAGCGUGGAAUUGGACGACGGUCUCGGCGGAAGUCCCGUCCAGCAUCGCGAGGUCCAGAAUCACGAAUCUCAGCAGUUCAUGUCCUACUUCAAGGGCGGGGUACAGUACAAAGAGGGUGGUGUAGCGUCAGGCUUUCGCAAGGUGGACAAGACACACAAAGUGCGCCUGCUGCACAUCAAGGGAAAGCGUCAAGUUAGAGUCGUGCCAGUUGACGUGAAGGUGUCAUCGCUGAACCGUGGCGAUGUCUUUGUUCUGGACAAUGGCCAGCAGAUCUACGUGUGGAACGGUGACAAGAGUCGGCGCAAUGAGAAGAUGAAGGGCAUGGAGGUCGCGCGCCAGCUCCGUGAUGAGGAACGCGGUGGCAAAGCCCACAUCGUCGUCUUGGAGGAGAAGGAGGAUGACGAAGCAUUCUGGAAGGCGCUGGGAAGUGCUGGUCGCCCCAAGGUGAUCAGAACUGAGGACAGCGAUGCAGCUGAUGAACAGUUCGAGAGAAAGAACCUAGCCAACAUUCGUCUUUAUAGGGUGUCUGAUGCCACUGGAUCGCUGGAGGUGCGAGAGAUUUCCGGAACUCCACUGCGGCACUCUCAACUGGACACGAAUGAUUGUUUCAUCGUGGAUGGUGGUCUCCAAGGUAUCUACUCCUGGGUGGGAAAAGGCUGCACGAAGCAGAGAAGAAGGAGGGGUUUCCUGGACGAGAGAGGUCUGCCACGCUGGGUAAGCGUGACACAGGUGAUUGAGGGCGGCGAGACCCCGCUCUUCAAGCAGAUGUUCGCCUCGUGGCCGGAGAGAGACGCCAAGAUCGGCUUCGGCCUGCAGGUCACCAAGACUUCGACCGGUGGCACGACCAAGGUACAGUUUGAUCCCACCAGUAUGCAUGCCCGUGCAGAGGCAGAGAUCGAGAAGAUGCCAGACCAGGGCAGUGGGCGAGUAGAGGUCUUCCGAGUUGAGAAUAUGGAGUUGACGCGUGUGGAAGGCACGAUGUACGGACAGUUCUUCGGCGGUGAUAGCUACGUGCUGAGUUACACGUACACAGACCAACGUGGACGUGAAGGAUACAUUGUGUACUUCUGGCUGGGUAACAAGAGCACCAAUGACGAGCAAGGAUCGGCUGCCCUCUGGGCCAUAAAGAAAGAUGAGGAGGUCGGUGGAGCAGCCGUACAGGUCCGUGUUGUACAGGGACACGAGCCAGAGCAUUUCCUGCGCAUCUUCGAAGGCAAGCUAGUUAUCCAUGAGGGUGGCAAAGCAAGCGGAUUCCGUAAUCUCAAGGACACUGACUCUUACGAUACUGAUGGCACUCGGCUGUUCCACGUCCGUGGCACAGCUCCUUACAACGUGAAGGCCGUUCAGGUGACGGAGAAGGCGUCCUCACUGAACUCCAACGAUGUGUUUGUACUUGAGACUCCAAAGGCCACCUACGUGUGGAAUGGAAAGGGUGCUAGCUCCGAGGAGAAGUCAUUCGGUAGCUCUAUCGUGGAUGUCAUUGCUCCGGGCAGUAAUGUAGAGAGCGUUGAAGAAGGAUCUGAACCGCAAGGGUUCUGGUAUGGCCUCGGCGGGAAAGGAUCAUAUGCUGACUCUCCUCGCCUGGCUGAUGUUGUGCCGGAACAACCACCUCGCCUCUUCCACUGCAGCAAUGCAUCUGGUCGCUUCUUGGCUGAGGAAAUCCUGGAUUUCACACAAGAGGAUCUGAACGAGGAUGACGUGAUGAUAAUGGAUACGUACGAUGCGGUGUACGUGUGGGUCGGCAGGAAUGCAAACGCCAUUGAGAAGAAGGAGUCGCUGAGAACCGUCAAGGAGUACGUGGAGACGGAUCCAACAAACCGCAGUGUUGAGGACACUCAUAUGCUGCAGGUCAAACAGGGAUUCGAGCCACCAGGCUUCACCUCGUCUUUCCACGGAUGGGACCCGGAGAAGUGGAGUGGUGGAAAGUCCUACGAGGAGCUGAAGGCGGAAAUGAAUGACGAGAACGCUGGCAUCACGCUUGUCGACGCUGAGCUGGAGAAGUACUCCAAGAAGUACUCGUACAAUGAUCUGUGUGCCCGGCAUCCACCGGAGGGUGUCGACGUUCUCUUCAAGGAGAAAUAUCUCAACGACGAUGAGUUCCAGACCGUGUUUGGUAUGUCUGCGGCCGAUUUCGAGAAACUGCCCAAGUGGAAGAAGGACAACUUGAAGAAGUCCAAGAAGCUCUUCUAGUUGCGGUGUACGCGUGGAAUGACGUCAUGUGUGGUGCCAUGACAUGUUACAUGAUGUCAUUCUGAUGUCACCAUGAUGUCAUCGCUUAUGUCAUAGAACAACACUACAGAGUAUGUUUGCCCCUAUUCUCAAUUCAUCUCGUGUGCGCUGGGCCAGCUGCUAGACGACGGUCUUUUGCUCCAGUAACAAGACAUACGCUUUCUGCCAUGCAUGCCCCUUUUCCCGGUAGAGCCCUUGUUUGGCCUUCUGCAAUGCCUGGUGCCGAGUGUGUGAGCUGCAAUUCUUCCCCUAUCCUGCAAGUAUGCUAUACUGGCACUGCUUUCAGCAGCCUGACGUGUUUGUAUGGUGCAUGAAUGUCCGCAAGCUCUCCUGCGUGCUCUUAGAAUAUAUUGGCACAUUUGUCCGUUUAGGAUAUUUCCAAAGGUUGCGUUUGUAGGUUUAGACGUCCGACUAGAGAAUAAUGUUUGAAUUAUCUUCGACUGCCAGUCGCACGCUGGCCACCAGUCUCAGCAAUCGUGGCAAUGUUGCCAUGGGUUUUCUGAGUUGGGUGAACACCGUUCGCGUGUACAUCAUCCGUCUUGGCUAUUAUGCUACUGCUGUAGGUUCUCUUGGCUAGGGAAUACUUUGUGUGCACUCUGUUUUUUACAUGUGUGCAAAAUGCAAUUCAUAUCCCCGUCUACUAGCUA